CGUUCUCAAAAUGGUUGUAUCAUUGUCUAAGCCUUCAACGUCAUUGUCUCGCUGUAAUUCGUGACGCGCCCAAAGUGUAGACAAUUUUUGUUUGUACCAUCCGCUGUUACAUCGAUAAAGAAUUUUUUUUGUCAUAUUUGCAGUUUAUAAUCUAAUAAGAGUGUAGGCAAUAAUGAGUGAAAGCGUACGUCUUUUCCGAAUUUUUCUAUGGAAGAAUUGGCUGCAAAUUCGUUAUUGUUGGUUAUCCUUAAUGUUAAUAUUUCUUGGAUGCUCCAGCAUACUCAUAGUAUACUUGUAUUCAACCAACAGACUACUAACAACGCCACAAAUGAAAUAUGAUGGACGACAGUUUGAUCAUCUCAAAAUGGAUUUUCCUUCUAAUGACGUUGAUCGGAUUUUUUAUUCCCCGAGCACUGUGCAAACUGAUUCAUUAAUGGAAAAUGUCCGACAAGAACUCCAAUAUCCUCUCAGUGGUGUGAAGUUCUUUGCCAACUCAACUGAAAUGAUACGCGAAAUGGAACGAAGUUGCAAAGGGAACUGUUACGCUGUCGAUUUUCUUCAUAUUCCAAGUGAUACAUCGAGGGAAAAAUUACAAUAUUCCAUAAGUACAACCAGUAUAAGAAUUUCCCCUAAGAAGCGUUAUGUCAAUGACGAGGAAGUCGCUGGUAUAAAAGAUGACGACGAUUAUAUACGUUCUGGUUUUAUGACCCUACAACACACCAUCGACAAAGUAUUCAUCAGAAAUCACAACAGCCAGGAAAUGGUUAAUUUUGACUUUGAAAUCGCUUCAAUGCCUACAAUUGCCCAAGAAACGAUAGACUCCCAGCGAAUUAUCUGGUUUGGCUCACUAUAUUCAGUUCUAUUUAACGUAUUAUUACUCAGCACAUUUCUUGUGCCUCUCGUUGAAGAAAAACAAAAUGGUAUCAAGGAAUUUUUAGCAAUUGCAACUCCUAUGAAUUUCUUGAAUGGCGUUAGCUUUUUUGUUAUCAGAUUGUGUAUGUAUACAGCGUUAACCGUUGUCGUACUUAUAGCUGGAUGGUUUUAUCAGGCUUUUAGUGCAAUUGUUCCAGUUCCUUACAUAAUUACCUUGUUCGCUCUUUACAUACUCUCUGCAAUGUCUUACACAUAUCUCAUAUCCGUAUUUUUUCACUCUGUUUUUCAUGCAAAAGUCGGUGGACUUUUGAUGUUGGUAACGCCAUAUAUUUUAUACUUUUCGAAGGGAGGAGUCUCAACAUUUGCAAACAUUUUCAACACUAAAACAUUUAUGGAGGGAAUUAAAAACUUUCAAAUCUUCACCAAUAAAUAUCGUGAAGUCGGCCCAAGUGUGCUUAACGUACAUAUCACAGAGUCCACAUUUACUGUCUUAUCUGUUUAUAGCAUUCUAAUAAUGCAGUGCUUAAUAUACGCCUUUUUAUAUAAUUAUUUGGCUUUCGUUUUUCCUGGUCCGGGUAGCUUGCAGCGACCUUUCUUUCUGCCAUUCAUGUCGUUAUGGAAGAAAAAUAAACCAAGCACUGAAUAUGCAACAAAUAAAGUUGGAGAGGAUGCUAUUAUUAUUCAAGAUCUUAAUAAAUCCUUUAAAAAACCAAGGCGAAUUAUAUCCGACGGUCUUAAUAUCGCAUUUAAAAAUAAACAAAUCACAGUCCUUCUUGGUCAUAAUGGAGUCGGGAAAACUACAACACUGAACAUGAUUAUGGGUUCCGAAACUCCAGAUUCGGGUAAAAUAACAGUUUUUGGAGAGCAAGAAAUUGGAUCAUAUCGCCAUUUGAUUGGAUAUUGUCCACAACAUAGCGUUUUUAUGCCUUAUAUGACUUGUGCUGAACAUUUGAAUUUUUUCGCUCAGGUUCGAGGUAUGUCAAUACAAGAUGCAUGUAAAAUUACGGAGGACUUAUUAAUUAAGCUUAAUUUACAAGAGAAAGCCAAUGAAUAUGGUAUUUGUCUAUCUGGAGGCAUGAAAAGAAGACUAUCCUUAGGAAUUGCUAUUUCUGGCAAUACAAAAGUGGUUAUUUUAGACGAACCUUCGUCGGGUUUAGACAUUGAAUCACGUCGUGAAUUAUGGGAUAUAUUGCUUCAAUUGCGAAAACUAAAAGCCGUUUUAAUUACAACACAUCACAUGGAAGAAGCAGAAAUGUUGGGCGACACAAUUGCCAUACUGGCUAAUGGGCGUGUUCACUGCUCUGGAUCACCACUAGAACUCAAACGCAAAAUUGGACGUGGAUACGUGCUAAAACUAUGUCUUAAUAGGAGUGAAAUACAGGAGAAAAUUUUAAAUAUAAUUCAACAGAUUAUACCCACUGCUAAAAUUUUGACAAUAGUGCCGCCUGCAUUGCAUAUAAGCUUACCGUAUGAAAACAAAAAAGAAUACAGUCAAGUAUUACAACUAUUGGAGGGCAGACAAAACGAAUUGGGCAUUGAGUCAAUUUCUAUCUCAGAUGCUUCACUGGAGGACGUUUUCCUGAAUUGUUUGUCUGAAAUUGAUAUUGUGGAUGGGCUCGUAUCGGAUAAAGAGAAAACUGUAUAUAUACCAUUUGAAACAGACGAAUUUCAUAUAAGCUGGAGAGAACAAGCAAAAGCCAUUUUUUAUAAAAAGUUUAUAUUUAUCAAAAAUAAGUGGGCUUAUACUUUAUCAAUGGUGCUGCUUCCGCUUUUGAGUCUUUUAAUGGCUUUAGCUUUGAUGCAUUCUAUGUCACUAGUCACUAACGAGGACAAAUUGAACUUGAAUUUGAAUCAUAUUCAGCGCGGCGUUAUUUUGGUCGAUGGCUCUAAUACCGAAAUUGUGAAUAUUUUAAAGGCGGAAAUUGAGAAAUAUCAUAAUAUACGAAUAGAACAUCUUGGUAAUAAGAGAGGCGAAAACGUUACAGAUUUUUUGAUUAGUUUGCAGUAUGAAAAUUUGGCAUAUUUUCUGGAAAAUUAUAUCGGAGUGAUUGAUGUAACCACUGAGGAUAAUGACAAUAUCAAUUUUAACAUCUACUUCUCUGGCAAUAUAUAUCAUAGUUCUGUAAUUUUAUUGAACUUAGUUGAUGAUGCUAUCGCGCGUUGGAAAAUGGGUGAAUCCGGAGGGAUCGAGACAACUUAUGUGCCUAUAAGAAGAUACAUUACUGAUGUCAGUCCGACGCGUUUGGAAUACUUUGCAGUCAUAAUGCCAAUUGGGCUAUUUUUCAGCAUUUUCUUUUACGUUGCAUUACCUUUCCACGAGUAUACAAAUGGUUUCAAGCAGUUGCAAUCUAUUCCGCGACCAGUUUUCUGGCUUUCGACGUUUGCUUUUGAUGUUGCACUUCAUUUUUUUGUGUGUUUGCUCCUGUUCUUAGCGCAAACCACUGUAACACCGAGUGAAUUGUAUAAUUCAUCAGAGCAAUAUCUCAUCGUUGCGUCUAUUUUCUUCUAUGGAUGCAGUUAUCUUCCAAUUAUAUAUAGUUUGGCAAAUGCUUUUCGUUCGAUAUCAACGAUUUCAACAUAUAUGCUUUUCAUGCUUAUACUAUCUGCUAUUGUACCAUUGAUAACAUCCGGGAAUGUACGUGCCAUGGAGUAUCAUGAAGAGAAAAUACAUAUACUGCAACUCCUACCAGAUUUUAAUUUAAACCAUCAAUUACGCAUUAUCAAUGAAAGAUUCUUACUUAUUCGUCGAAAUGCACUCACUGCUAUCCAUGGAUUACCGCAAGUACUUAGUAAAAAUAAUUUCUUCAUUUACGCAAUUGCAAUUGCAAUUUUUAUAAUGGCAAUCUUUAUAUACAUUCAAGAAAACAAAUAUACAAGUGAAAAAUUAAAACACGCACUGAAAUGCUAUCAGUGCCGUCAAAUAACUGUUAGCAAUGCUGAAAACGACGAUGACGAAGAAGAUUUAAUAAGAAAAGAAAAAUUGGCUAUUACCGACAUCUUAAUUGGAAAAAGUGAAAGGGAUUAUCCAUUGCUGGUAAAUGAUUUGCAUAAGUCCUAUGAUCGUAAAACAGCUGUACGUGGUUUGAAUUUUGUUGUAAAAAGGCAAGAGUGUUUUGGUUUAUUAGGCAUCAACGGUGCCGGCAAAACAUCAACUUUCCAAAUGAUAGCUGCAAAUUUGACUAUCACCGGUGGUACCAUAAAAAUUGAUGGUAUCGAUAUUAAGGAAAACGAAUCGCAAUACCGUUAUCAUUUUGGAUAUUGUCCUCAAAGCGAUUGCUUAAAUGAAUUUAUGACUGCAUAUCAAAUGCUGUUCUAUAUGGCAAAGAUGCGUGGCAUCUCAGAUUCUACAAAAGCGAACAAUGAAGUUUUAUAUUGGCUACAGCAAUUAGAUCUCAAAAAAUAUAAAGACAUGAAAAUUUGUCACUUUUCUGGUGGUACUAAGCGAAAGUUAAAUGCUGCGAUAGCAAUGAUUGGUAGUCCCUCGCUUGUCUUGCUGGACGAACCAACAACAGGUGUGGAUCCAGAGUCGCGACGUUUUCUAUGGGAAUGUAUAAAAGACUAUCAACAUCGUGGCAAUACCGUUGUACUUACAUCGCACAGCAUGGAUGAAUGUGAGCAGCUGUGCAAUAGACUAGCAAUAAUGACUGAUGGGAAAUUCAAAUGCUCGGGUUUUGUUUCUGACAUAAAAAAGCGAUUUGGUGGUGGAUUUACGAUCAAAGUAAAACUUAAGUCCGAAGAGGAUUCUAUAGUUAAUUAUGUAAAUGCAGAAUUAAGUAAAAUAUUUACUCAAUGCCAGCUCCGAGAGAAUCAUGCUGGUAUUCUUACAUAUUAUAUCAAUAAUAUUGAUGACUUCAAAUGGUCUGAAAUUUUCGAAAGAACGGAAGAAUUUAAUAGAUCAAACACAGGCAUUGUGGAAGAUUAUUCUUUAAAUGAAACAACGUUGGAAGACAUAUUUUUAAAAUUUGAAAGCAAGAGAAGAUCACAUAUACAAGAGCGGGAUAUUAAUGAUUUGGAAGUCUAAAUCUUGGAAAAAAAUAUCUGAUUAUAUACCGAAGUAAGUUCACGGAACAUGUCUGAUAAGAAUGCAAUGGACAUUAAAUUUACCAACAUUCUGUGAUUUUAAUUUUUUUCAUUACCUACAUAUGAUGUAUAUGUAUGUACCACAUCAAUAAUAUUGAUGUAUUCAAAUAGUUUAAAACUUUUGAAAACAAUAUAAUUGAAGUAUUUAAUGGGCGUGGUUGAAGAUUACUCAGUCAAGGAAACAUCGUUUGAACAAAUGUUUUUAAAAUAUUUAAGAGCGGCUAAAUCAAGAAGAAAUUAACGAUUUGGAAUCCUUAAUUCCGAUGUUCUCCACUUAUGACUUACUUACUUAUGAUAAAAAAUAUUCUUAGUACUAAUUUAAUUUGCUGUCGAAUUACUAUCGAUAGAGCAUGUGUUCAAAAUUUGAUUCUCUAUAUAUUUUAAUGACAUUCCUAAAUUCCAAUAUUGCUCAUUCAUAAUUUAAAAACAAUCUAAAUUGUAUUUAUAGCUGCAUAUAUCAUCACUAUAUCUAUAUACAUAU